UCAGUUUUAAGAUUAUAGGAAUAAAGCCAGCGUGAAAACGUAUCGAAUGAGUACAUUUUUAUUAUGAUUGGAGGUGAGGAGAGCAUUUUAAAUAAUUACCAAAGUGGAAACAUAAGGGAUAAUUAGCCAUUAUUUCGAUACAAGAAACUAUACUACAUUACACUAUGUCAGAUAAAAAAACUGUAUUUGUUACAGUUGGCACAACAAAAUUUGAUGAUUUAAUAACUACAGUAUUGAGUCCUGUAGUUCUGGAGGCCCUAUCAGCACAUAAUUACAGGCAUCUAAUCUUGCAAAUUGGCAAUAGCAAAUUGGAACCAGAUUGUACCACACGUUAUGGCUUCCAUAAAAUAGAAAUUUUUAGAUUAAGUCCAUCCAUUGGAGAAUAUAUAGAACUGGCAGACCUUGUGAUAAGCCAUGCAGGUGCAGGAAGCGUGCUGGAAGCUUUGGAAAAAUGCAAACACUUAAUUGUGGUGACCAAUGAUCUCCUCAUGGAUAAUCAUCAGAUUGAACUGGCUGAGCAGCUAUACAAAGAUGAACAUUUGUAUUAUUGUACUUGUAAGAAUUUGUUGCGUGUCAUACAAACAAUGGACUUCGCAAAGUUAAAGUCAUUCACCAAUGACAAAAGUGCAGAUAUUGCUAAUUUUAUUGAUAAAGUAAUGGGAUUUAGAUGACAGUGUUGAGGUAGUUUUGCUUUCCACUGAUUGUGAAUAUAGGAAGAGACUACUUUAUAUGUUAAAAAAAAAAUCAAAUAGUUGUGGGAACAAGCAGCAAUAUUUAUACAUAUAUAUUUGAAUUCUUAACAUGUUUUACAAUGAUACAUUUCAUAAAGUUUAAAUUCAUUACUGUAAUAUAUUAUAUGCUUGAUUUAAUUUACAAUAAUACAUUAUAUACCUAAACAACCAUUCCUCAGAACUAUGUUUACAUAUUAUAGAAAAAAUUACUCUGCAAUUAGUUAAAUUGCAACAGAUCAUUGGCAGUUUUAACGUUCCCUUAGAUAAUUUGUAAAUUAUUAUUGAACAAUUGUUUUGUCACUGUUAACAUAACA